CAUCACUUCUCCUCGCAAGGGCUGGUCACCAGCCAGUGCAGUUCAGAGAAGCUGAACUGCACAAAGCUAUGGCCAUGGGCAAGCAUUCUGUCACUCUCGUCCUCGUUGCUGUGCUUUGCCUGCUGGCCUCCAGCUUGGCACAAGCUCAAGUUCUUUUCCAGGGCUUUAACUGGGAUUCGUGGAAGAAGCAGGGCGGGUGGUACAAGUUCCUGAUGGGGCAGGUGGAGGACAUCGCCAGCAUCGGCGCCACCCACGUCUGGCUCCCGCCGCCAACGCACUCCGUCUCGCAGCAGGGCUACUUGCCGGGGCGGCUCUACGACCUGGACGCGUCCAAUUACGGCACGGAGGCGGACCUCAAGGCGCUGAUCGAGGCGUUCCACGACAAGAACAUCAAGUGCCUCGCGGACAUUGUCAUCAACCACCGGUGCGCCGACAAGAAAGAUGACCGCGGCAUCUACUGCAUCUUCGAGGGCGGCACACCGGACAGCCGCCUCGACUGGGGUCCCGACAUGAUCUGCAGCGACGACAAGGAGUACUCCAACGGGCGCGGCCACCCGGACACCGGCGCAGGAUACUCCGCCGCGCCCGACAUUGACCACCUCAACCCGCGUGUGCAGAAGGAGCUCUCCGACUGGCUCAACUGGCUCAAGCACGAGGUCGGCUUCGACGGCUGGCGCCUCGACUUCGCCAAGGGGUACUCCGCUCCCAUGGCGAAGAUCUACGUGGACAACACCAGCCCCGCUUUCGUGGUCGCCGAGAUCUGGAGCUCACUCGUCUACGACGGCGACGGCAAACCGUCCAACAACCAGGACGCCGACCGGCAGGAGCUGGUCAACUGGGUGCAGGGCGUCGGCGGUCCCGCGACUGCGUUCGACUUCACCACCAAAGGCGUACUCCAGGCGGCCGUUCAGGGCGAGCUGUGGAGGAUGCGCGACGACAAAGGCGAGGCGCCCGGGCUGAUGGGGUGGCUGCCGGAGAAGGCCGUCACUUUCGUCGACAACCACGACACCGGAUCAACGCAGGCCCUGUGGCCGUUUCCCUCCGACAAGGUCAUGCAAGGCUACGCCUACAUCCUCACACACCCAGGGAUCCCAUGCGUCUUCUACGACCAUUUGUUCGACUGGAACCUCAAGAACGAGAUCACCGUGCUGGCCGAAAUCCGAUCAAGAAACGGGAUCCACCCGGGGAGCAAGCUAGACAUCCUUAAGGCGGAGGGUGACGUCUACGUUGCGAUGAUCGGCGACAUGGUGAUCACGAAGCUGGGGCCGAGAUCCGAUGUCGGCAACCUAAUCCCCUCGGACUUCCAUGUUGUGGCUCAUGGCAACAACUACUCCGUCUGGGAGAAGAGUGGCACUACCUGAUAUGCUGGGGGCUUGCCGGCUAUUGAUCAUCUGUAAUUCUGUGUUGCAUUAUGUAUUCCGAUUUACGGCUCAAUUUUUAGUGCCGCGGUAAUAAGCA